UCUCAUCAAACCCAUCCUCCACUGGUCCAACUGGUUUUUCGACUUUCUAUAAAUAUACGCAUAGGAACACAGACCUUCCUCUUUCAUAUCUGCACUGUGUUAACUAAAUUUCACUCCUAAAUAUACCCACAGAGAGAGAGAAAGAGAGAGAAAGUUUUUGUUUUUUGUUUUUCUUAUUAUUUUUCUCUCUUUCUCUCUCUCUCUCUUUUCUCUGUGUUUGUCUCCUCAUAUUUGUGUUAUUGGGUUUUUGUUUGGGGUCAAGAAACUAAAAAAUUAUGGGGCGAGGAAGAGUUCAGUUGAGGAGGAUCGAGAAUAAGAUCAACAGGCAAGUCACUUUCUCAAAGAGAAGGUCAGGUUUGUUGAAGAAAGCCCAUGAGAUCUCUGUGCUUUGUGAUGCUGAGGUCGCCUUGAUUGUGUUCUCUACCAAAGGGAAGCUCUUUGAGUACUCUACGGAUUCUUGUAUGGAAAGGAUCCUUGAACGAUAUGAGAGAUAUUCAUAUGCAGAGAGGCAGCUUCUUGCAAAUGAUCUUGAACCAAACGGAAGCUGGAACCUUGAACAUGCAAAGCUUAAAGCAAGGAUGGAGGUUUUACAAAGAAAUCAAAAGCAUUUCAGGGGAGAAGAUCUUGAUUCCUUGAGUCUUAAAGAGCUUCAGAGUUUGGAGCAACAGCUUGAUUCUGCUCUCAAACAUAUAAGGACAAGAAAGAACCAGGUUAUGCACGAAUCCAUUUCAGAUCUUCAGAAAAAGGAUAAGGCAUUACAGGAGCAAAACAACUCGCUUGCAAAAAAGGUUAAGGAGAAGGAGAAAGAAAUAGCCCAACAGGAACAAUGGGAGCAGCAGAAUCAUACCUUGGAAUCAUCCUCCGUCCUUCCCCAACCGUUGCAGCCUUGGAACAUUGGGUCUUACCAAGCAAGCGGCAAUGGAAGAGAGGAAGAAACAACUCCAUCUCAAAAUCAAGCCAAUACACUCCUACCCCCUUGGAUGCUUCGUCAUUUUAAUCAAUAGAAUGACAUAUAUAUAUACCCUCAAGGCUCGAGCUCCUAUCUAUGCAAUUUUUUAUGUCUCUUUGUGUGCUUAGAUAUGGAUGUGAUCCUGAAUCUUUAACAUUGUAAACUGUGUUGUAUUGAAUAUUGAUGCUUGAUAGAACAGUCUCAAAAUGUUUGUUACUAUGCA